GAUAGUGCGUGCAGGGAUCCCAGCAGGAGAGCCCGACCCAAACAAUCAAACCACUUGUCUUCAGUCCGCCGCCUCCGCCUGCCCCCGCGUCAUCGGAGUGCCGGCCGCCGCCGCCGCCUCUCUUCCCGGAUGGCCGCCCGUCGCGCCCGCGUUUUCCUCACCGUCGGUAUGUAUCCGCCUCGCUCGCCACCCGUCUGACGCCUCACCGCUUCUUCUGCCGUACGCGCCCUAACGGCGGCUGCACGAACUCCGCCACUCACCGCCGGACAGCCCCUCCGCCCGCAUCUCCAUUAAAUUCUAAAUCCAGCAAGACUGACCGAGAAGAUUCACUCAAGUCAAUAGUGUGGCCGGCCAUUGACAUGGAGGCAAUUCUUGUGAGCACCGAUCGCCUUCUCCAGGUGGCCAGGGACUCCCAUGCGCAGGCGGGCGCUCUGGGACGCCUCUGGCGGGUGCUAGACGGCGCCAUGGCGUGUUGCGUCUCCGACGCCACCUUCGCCGACUGGCUCAAAGUGGCGUUGGAAAACUUGCUUGGCAUGGUUGACACACUUGACAACUUCACAAGGACAGUGGACAACCUCACCGCUCGCCUCCAAGCCACGUGUCACCCUAAAGGCCACCAUAAAGGCAGCCGCCGCCGCGUCUCCCCUGCUGGCCAACUCGCCGGACUCCACGGAAAUGAUCUCUUCCGCACACUGAUGACCCUGCAGCUGCCUGCGUCUGCGCCUGCGGAGUUCUUCCUUGAGGUCGCUCUCGCUGCACAGAGCCUCAUCGUGCAUGACCAGCUCGACCUUUUCAUCGAACUCAGUGAAAAGAUCAUCUUGGAGGGAAACCCUAUGGCGAUAUAUGAGUACAACUUCAUGGCCUUCAUGUACCACAGGAAAACCUUGGACAAGUUCGUUCAAGAGCACAUUGACCUUGCCAACGCCGCUGCAAUUUCACGUCCACCGACUGGCCCAACGAAGUAAAAGCUCGAUUGAUAUAGUUGGCUAACUAGCUGCAAGUAACACGAAGGAGCCAGGAGAGUCAUUGAUGGAUCCUUGGCUGUCUUUGUUCCUUAUGUAGGUUGCUGCAUCAUUGUUUUUGGGCCAAGAACAAAAACGACUACUAAUGUAUGUAUUAUAUGGUACUUGUCAGCGACCGAGCAUGUCUUAAGUCGUAGUAAUAUAUAAGUAGUUGCCAUC